AUGCAACAUCUGAAUGAUGAUGCAGGAGCAUUAGAAAUAGCCGAUUUGUAUAAGGUUCAUUUAGGUGUAGACAUUUUUAUUAAACACACAAUUGGGCAGCCUGAGUUUGUUGAUCUAGCAGGGUUAGAAAAUGUUGUAGUUGAGGAGCAUGGUGUCACUGAGGAGCAUGUAAGAAAUGAUGAGGAGAGGGUAGUUGAAGAAAUGCUUUCUAAGUUGCAUGAAGAAGUAAAUGGUAACUCUAAUGAAGCUGAGUUGGAGGAUGAGAAUGUUGUGUUGGAGGCUGAGAAGGUUGUGUUAGAGGCUGAGAAGGUUGUGUUGGAGGCUGAACAUGCUGAACAUGUUAUUUUGGAGGCUGAGAAAGAUUGUAUGGAAAAUGAGAAAGAUGACAGUUCUGAUAGUGGUGAAGUGGAUGAUUCCAUAAGUAGUGAUGAUAGUGAAUACAAAUAUGACAGUGCUCUUGAUGUUGAGUUUAAUGAUUCUUCUGAUGAUUAUGAAGAUAUAGAUGAAGAUGAAUUGGACAAUCUAGUUGAACAACAUGAAGACAGAGAUGAGGGUGUUAAAAUUGGGAGUGGUAGUGAGAGUGAAGGUUUGGUGAGUGGGUGUGACAGUGAUGACAGUCAUGGUGUGCAAAAAAAAACAUAUCCCUAUGUUUAA